UGAUCGGGCUUAAUAGUUGCUUGCUAGGGCUAGACACAAGUCUCCCUAGCUUCCAGUCUACUGGGCGAUCUACAUAAAGUAACAACCACUGGUGUUACUUUAUGGCGAUCUACUUCAAUCAAGACUUCAAUCUACUUACUCUAAUAAAGUGGUAGUAAGGAGGGAUUCUUAUGUUUUUUUUUAUUCCCAAAUGUAUUAACAGGCUUAUAAAUAAACAAUUAUAAACACAGAAUGUCUAAGUCUAAUUAUAAAGAGCCAACGAAGGUUAUUAAGAUGGAAUUAUUGAAUUAAUGACGGAAUAGGUCACCAUUAAGGCACUUAAUUGUACACCGCUAGUUCAAAUGUGAUAUAUUUAUGGAACUAUAUAAAUCUAGUUUGCCUUUAGUAGAUCCUAAUAAUCUACCACCAGUUUUGCCUGUUCAAAGCCUGCUAGAAUGUGAUAGAAAUAUGGAAACAGGCAACACGGAAGAUGAUGAAAUUUCUCAACAUAUGACACAGUCUUAUAGCGAAAUAUCAUUCAAAUCGGGAUUAAGCCCUGAGAAUGAAGAACUACAUUCCCCAAUUUUAAAUCCUCAUACAGUAGAUAUAUCAGAUCACUUCACUCAGUCUCCAGUUACUCUAAAAUGUGACUUUAAAGAAGGAAAGCCAUUACGACCGCUCAAUUUAGAUGGAACAGUACAUGUUGAAGGUAAUAUGACAUGUUUUGUUGCUGAGGACUUAGAAAGUAAAAUUAAAUUAUCCAGUCCAAUAACUAAAAAAAAUGAUACAUUGUCAGGUUCACGAAGUUGUACUCCUAGUGUUUUGUACAGACAAUUACUGGAUCCCCAAGUUGGUCAGAUUGAUUUAGCUUUUAUAAAUGAUCUGGAAUGUGAAGCCCAUAGAAUGGCAACUUCGGUAGAUAAUUUAAUAGAAAAUUUAAGUGGAAUACUUCAUUCCAUUUCUUCCAUAACAGCUGACAAUGUAGAUGUAUAUAAAUCUGCUGUUUCAAAAAUGUCUGAUGCUAUGGAUGGCAAUAUUAAAAGUAUGUAUACGGUGAUGGCUAAAACGGAAGAAGUUACACAAAACAUGAACGGUGUUGAAUCUCAGGCAGGAAGAAUUAAAGAAAUUAAAAAGUUAAUUGAUUUGUUUGAAUCAUUUGUAUAGAGAAGUUCAGCCAAAAUAAUAAUUUUAAAUUGAACAGGAAAUAGCAUUCAUAAUAUAAUCUGAUUCAGGAAAGAUGUUGAUUGCAUCUUAAUCAUCUGUUAAAUUUUCAAAAUGUUAGUUACGACAGUUUAUGUGGAAGACGACAAUAUAUUCUAGAAUAAUUUAUAAAACUGAGAUUAAAAUAUUUUACAUUUUAUAUAGAUUACUAUAAAUCUGGUUUAGGAACAAUACUUUGUAUGUGCCCUGACAAAAGUUGUAUAAAAUCGUUUGCCAGACUUUUGAAUUAGUAUUAUUAUCACUGUUAUACAGCAUGUGGGCUGGAGCUGGAGCAAUGAAAAUAGAAGUCGCGCGUAAAAAGCCGAUUUUUGAAAUAAUUUGUACUUACAAGAUGUUGCACCUAGGUCAAUGAUAAUUAAUGAUAAUAUAGGCUAAAUGGUAGAAUAUAAUAGCUAUAGUCUGUCUAACGAAGGAGUAUAUAACUGACACUUUAGAAAGUUUGUCAUUUUAAUUCAAGAGCAGAUUAUUUUUUCUAUCAUGUCUUGGAUGUCGUCGAAAUUGUAUUUUCUAGCUAGACAGAAUAUAUAUUUAACCCUGUGAUCUUAAUUUGUAUAUAUUAUUAAAUAAAGACGAUAAGGUACGUAGAAAACGAAAAGUUCGCGGCAUGGCCGAUAAGGAAAUUACAUGUAAACCCUAUACACGUGUUUUUCGCUGCCUGGCGUUAACCGAUGCAGUUCAGCUAAGUUACAGGAAGGAGAACUUGGAGAAGAGAAAUCAGAGGGGAGCGAUUAAGAACUUGACUCCAAUAACCUGCAACCUAAUUUUUCCAUAGUCUAUCCUAAAUUGUUCGCACUGCACGGUUGAAGCGGCUAUAUAGUAUUACAUGUUUCUACGGUUCGAAUUUUUCUUGUCGGUCCUGCUAGAUGCGACUUUCCUUUUUUGCUGUACUUCUUAUUACACCCGCAGUA